AAGCAUUGUUAAAGUGUUUGUCCCUCGGUACACCUGACUCUUGUCGUUCAGCGCCAGCAGAGAAGUACAGUUCAUCCUGUAAUUGAUCAUUACGACCUCAAGCCAUUGUAGAGUCUCCACAAUUGUAAGUGGGUUAGAUUCAAAGGAACGGUCUAACUGAGGGAAGAAAAACAAUAACACCAGAACAGAGUAACUCGCUAAAGCUACCAGAAGACCAGUGAGAUAAUAAGUGAACUUACAAGCCUGAAAGAUGUGGUUCCUGUUGAUUUCCCUGCUGGUCCCCAUGGUCUGGACCAAUCCUAUCCCGGUGUCGGAAUUAGAGGAAGCAGUGGACGUUCUCCUGACUUCUGUAGAGGCCCACGGAAGGAAAAUCAAGACCCUGCAGGAUGAGAUGUACAAUGUUGGGGAUGUCCUGGAACAGCAUGUGUUUCUUCUGAAACAGCUAAAGGAGAUUGUGGAGGACAAGAAAGACCCAGGUUACGCUGACGAGAUCGGAGCAGAGGAGGUGAAAGAUACCAAGGUGGAGGAAAGGGUGCUCAAUGACGAAUUACAGAAAAUCCGGGGCCUGAAGCCCGAGGAUAGCGAGGAGGAGGAAGAGGAACAUCCGGCGGAAGUAGAGGAAACGGAAGUAGAGGAAACGAAAGUAGAGGAAAUGGAAGUGGAAAACGAAUCAGAGGAAUCCGCCGAAACGUUGGAACAGGAGCCGGAAAUUUCCGAGAAGUCCGCCGAAACGGAGGAAAAACAGUCGGAAAGUGUUGAGGAAUAGAUAUGUUGGAUUUGGGAGAAGUGGAGAUUAAAGCGAUUCUAACAAGAUUGAAGAUUUGAUGAUACGGGGCGGAUCUUUACUGAACGCUUGACUUUAAUGCCUAGUAGGGGUAAAAUGUAUACACAGUUCUAACUGUCUAUAUAUGAGUGAUUAUUAGUUGGGUUAUUUUGACCGAUGAACCGAUUAAAUUAGUUUACAUGUAAAGAAAUACAACUUGAUAUAAAUAAAUGUCUACAAUAAACCAAACGAUUUACUCAUUGACAAGA